CUUCCCUCUCUCCCCAUUAUCUUCUCUCAAUUCCAAGCAAAGUAUAUGAUGCAAAACUUCACUCAUGCCUGCUUUCUCUUUCUACUCCUAAUUUCUUCCUUCUUUUUUUCCAAUUUAUCUUCCAACUCUAUCCUCGUGGUUGCAUCAAAAUUGUCUCCAGCUCAACGAGAAACCCAGGCUCUACUCAAAAUCAGUCCUUGGUGGAGCGCCAGAGGUCAAAACAUCUCGCGCCCCUGUUGUAAAUGGAACGGCAUAACUUGUGACGUUGCCUCGGGAAGCGUCACAAGUAUUGAGGUGAAUUGGCCAUUGCCAACAGGAUCUACUCUACAAACCUUGAGCUUCUCAUCUUUACCAAACUUGGUUCAUUUUUGUGUCUUCAAUUCCGGUCUCCAAGGUACCAUCCCUCCCGAAAUAGCCCAUCUCUCAAAACUCAACUAUCUAGACUUAUCUUGCAACAACCUCACGGGUGAGAUUCCUUCAGAAAUAGGGAAUUUGACCAAUUUGAGGCUGCUUAAUCUGGUAGAAAAUAUGCUCAAUGGCACAAUCCCUUCAACUAUAGGUCAAUUGUCCCAUCUAACAUAUCUAAACAUUUCUGUAAACCAAAUAGGUGGAAUCAUUCCCCUUCAAAUAGGGAAUUUGAAGAAUCUGAGUACUCUGUCUCUCAGUAAAAAUCUACUCAUUGCUCCAAUCCCAUCAACAAUAAAAUAUUUAACUCAUCUAACAAAGCUUCGGUUAGAUGAUAACAAGCUUAAUGGCUCCCUUCCUUCGAGCCUGUGGUCUUUGCCUCAGUUGGGAGAGUUGUAUCUUUCAAGCAACAACUUCAGUGGUUCAAUUCCUCCCCAAAUAGGGAAUUUAAAGAGUUUGAAAUAUAUUUCCAUACAAGAUAAUUCACUCACUGGCCCAAUUCCUUCAUCCAUUUUCCAUCUCACCAAUUUAACCGACAUAAAUCUUGCUUCAAACAUGUUCACCGGGCCCAUCCCCCAACAAAUUGGAGACUCACAGAAUUUGCUGAAUUUGAAUGUCAGCAGUAACAGGAUUACUGGCCCAAUCCCUGAGAGCUUCGUGAACAUACUUUACAAAAAUUACUCCAUCAUCAACUGGAGAUUGCCUCCAUCACGUGAUUGGAGUACAAAGUUGGUGUUCGACUUCAGCCAUAAUUCCAUUGAUGGUGAAGUUCCCCAUUUGUUAGAGGAGAAAGAUAAGAUUAUUAAUCCUACAAGCAUCGAUCUCAGCUACAAUAAGCUCACAGGUACGGUUUCUGAUGACCUUAUUCGCCUCCGAAACAUCAACAUAUCCUUUAACUUGCUUCAAGGUCCGGUUUCCGACAGAUUUCUUGGUCGUUUUAAUGUCAGUGUCGUUUUGGGUAACCAAAAACUAUGUGGUAAUGAUCCACAGCUCCACUCUUGUCUUUCCCAUAAAACUCCCAAAACACUGAUGAUUCUGCUCGUUCUCCCAAUUCUUGUGUUCGUUGUUCUCUUUCUUUUUUGCCUCACUCUUGCCCGGUCGAGUCCCGCUUCCGCUCAUUCGAUGAAGUCCGAUAAGCACGGAAACGUGUUCUCGAUAUGGGAUUACGACGGAAAGAUUGCAUACGAAGACAUCGUAGAAGCAACGGAGGAUUUCGACAUCAAAUACUGCAUCGGCACCGGCGGAUACGGAAGCGUUUACAAAGCCAAACUUCCGACCGGGAGAGUCGUGGCUUUGAAGAAACUUCACACUUACGAGGCGGAGCAGAGCAUUCUUUUGAAGAGUUUCCAAAACGAGGUGGAGAUGUUGAAAGGGGUGAGACACAAGAACAUAAUUAAACUCCAUGGUUAUUGCCUCCAUAAACGCUGCAUGUUUCUGAUUUACGAGUACAUGGAGAGGGGAAGCCUAUUUUGGGUGCUGAGUAAUGAUAUUGAAGCAGUGGAAUUGGAUUGGGAUAAGAGGGUAAGCAUAAUUAGUGGAAUAGCGAAUGCUUUGUCCCAUAUACAUCAUGAUUGUACUAUGCCUAUCAUUCAUCGAGAUGUUACAACCAGUAAUAUACUUUUGGAUUCAAAGCAAGAGGCGUUUCUAUCAGAUUUUGGUAUUGCAAGAUUGCUCGGUUUGGAUUCAUCUUAUCAUACCAUUGUUGGUGGAACUUAUGGGUAUAUUGCUCCAGAAUUAGCGUAUACCAUGGUUGUUACGGAAAAAUGUGAUGUCUACAGCUUUGGAGUGGUGGCGCUAGAAACAAUAAUGGGGAAGCACCCUGGAGAAUUGUUAAAUGACUUGUGGUCUAAUUCUACUUCUCAUGUAGCAGUCAAGGAUUUGUUGGACUCCCGUCUCAAAUCUCCUUUAAUCAAACCUGGAGUUGCACAAAGCGUAGUGCUCGUAUUAACGUUGGCUCUUGCAUGUCUCCACCCAAAUCCAAAAGCUCGACCUACAAUGCAGCAUGUCGCUAAAGAAUUUAUUGUUCGAAGGACCCAUAGGAAAGAGGUCUCCUUUGAUGAGAUUUUAAUUGAACAACUGUUAAGACAAGAAAUAUACCAUAUAAAUAAGAUGUAGGAAUAAGUGAUUUUUGUUCAAA